GCUGUUCUCUGAGACACUGGUGCACGCCUGCAGAUGAGCUCUGGUGAAACUCAUAAAACCUGUGACGCACUGAAGACCUCAGAACACGACGCGCCUGAGUCUGAGAACCUUCUAGAAAAGGCCCCAACUGUCUUCCUUGAAUAUUCAGACUGUCUGUUUCUGACCAUCAUAUCAACGCUGAGAAGCAUGUCUAACGAAAGUCUCAAAAGGAAGCAGUCAGCAGAAGAUACAGACAACAAACGAGAAUGUGUGCUCAAAAUUGUCACCUGGAACAUAAACCGACAAAAACAAAUAAAGAUACAGGAUGCUGUGAAUCGUCUGUCACAGUCGCACCCCGAUGUCAUUUUCUUGCAAGAAACAUGUAUCGGUGUGGGUCAGAAAAUAGAGCUAGUAGGUUGGACGGCUUUCUACACUCAAUAUAACAACAAGGAAAAAGGGGCGGCCAUUUUGGUGAAAAAUAAACAACAACUGAAAUUUAAACUUUAUAACCAGGAAGUCGACAGAAACGGGCGUUACGUUGUUGUGCAGUGUGAACUGCUUGGUCGGUGCUACACGCUUGUGUGUAUGUACAAUCAUCAAAAAGACACCAAAACUCUAGAUCUGCUCUCACCGUUUCUGCAGACAAUGACUGUAGGAACGUUAGUGAUCGGAGGAGAUUUCAACACCACGUUCAGCCUGAAUGACAGAGCUAAAAUAGUACCACCCAGCACAGACUUACUGCGAUACAGAGAGGAAGAAACAGGAAAAAAGCAGAAAAACCCUCAACAUCAGAAAACCAAAACAAUUGUGGCAAGAUUCACGAGGAGUCUUCAACUGGCUGAUGUCUUUAGAAGAAAUAAAAUGGAAAAAAGUGAUGGAUCCAUUGAUCAGACAUGGUUCACUUAUAGAAUGAAUAAGAAAGUCACAAAGACAGUCAAUGGUAAGCAAACAAAAUCAGAUGAAACCAUUCUGUCCAGGCUGGACUACUUCUUCAUGCCUGAGGAAUACAUGAACUCAGUCGUUGACUGUUGUGUCCUUGAAAUAAACGACAAUGACCACAGCCCUCUGUUACUGAAACUGGACUCUGCACCUUUGCGAGAAGAAAAGCAGGUAGAAACCCAACAUGAAUGGGAAGCAAAGGAUCAGAAAAGGAUCAAUGCUGUUGAGAUUGUGGCAGCCAUUCAGUCCCUACAGCUGAGGGACAUAGUAAAACGGGAUGACAAGCUGUCAAGCUAUAAGAAACUCCAGGCUGAAGAAAUUGAUGAUUUAAAGUGGGAUUACAAUCAGUAUCUUCAGCUCGAUGAAACUGCAAGACAAAACAAGAGGAACUACAAAAAAUUAGAUCCAGAGAAAUUUAAAACCGCAGACCAUGAUAAACAUCACUACUUUUUCAAAGUCGAGUAUCUUAUCUUAGCAACAAUUCUGCUCUGGCGAUUGGAAGACUGGGGUCAAAAAGGCAAAACAAAUAGGAAGAAAACACAGAGUGAGACCCCAAAGCACAGCCUGGCCCUGCGAUCGAAGGACUGUUUACUGAAGACAGAUAUCGAGUGGACCCAAUUGAAAAGGUGCAUCGAACAAAAACUACAAGGUCACCCAUUUGUUACAGAUUUUGACAUCCUGGAGGAGAUGUUAGAUCGUGGUACUACACCAGAGAAAAGAAUGCUGCGCAAGGGUUGCCCCUUAACCCACAUUCUGCCUAAACUCCAUCAAAAAUACAAUAGGCAGGAAUACCACUUGGAGGAAGAAUUCUUCACUGAUGAAGAAGAAUCAGACAGUGACGAAUAUGAUCCCAGUUCAUAUGAUGAAAGUGAUUAAUCAAAUGGGUGCACAACGUAAUGAAUGAUAAUUUCAGAAUACAGGGUGAUUCAAAAAAGAUUAAUCCGAUUUCAAAGCGCCAUAAUUUUACAGCCGUGAGGCGCCUAGGAACCAAUCACAAUCCAACUGAGAGGAGAUG